UUUUGCCCUGCCUUGAGAUGAGUAUACUGUUACACGGCAGUAAGGGUCACACACUACGUUUCAUCACAAAGGAGGGCAUGACAUCACAAGCCUUUGUGAGGUGCUGCGCUUGGCUUAAUAAAUGGGCAGAGAUGCCCCCAGCAAAUCACCAGCUCUGAAAGGCCCAUCAAGGACAGGUGGUGCUCCAGCUGCCAAGAGCUCGGAAGGACAAGAUCACCAUCAGAAUGGCCAGAUUCAGACGCAGCCGGAGCCGGAGCCUAACUCGCCGAAGGAGGCGAAAGGCCAGCCAAGCGAGUGGAUCUGGAAGGAGGCGGGGAAGGCGACGUGGGAGGAGGAGAGGUAAGAAAAAAUCCCAAAACCCUACACCAUACCCAUUUAGGACAUUUAACAUUAUCACUAUAUACCACAGGUCUAAUGGGUUACAUUAAAUAACUGGUGCUUGUUAUGUUUAUUUCCAGGAAGGGGGAAAGGUCGUCGCAGAAGAGGGAGAGGAAGAAGACACUAAAUGACUCCCUUUCCUGUGUCCUCUGCCCUUGAUUCCGGGUCAUUCACCUCAGCAAAGCCUCCAGUGAAAAACAAAGUCAAACAAAACCACCCCUUGAAACAAAAACCAAAAAAAGGAAGAAUGUCCAAGAACCAGGGAGCCUGAAACAAUUUGAAACUUGCCACCUGUCAAUAAAUGCUGACAUUUCAUUUUUUUGAGUCCAUGCUUUUUGUGGGGAAAGUUGUACACAGCAAAGCAAAAUUAUAGAUGUUGGCGUUACAGUAAUGUUCUUAGAAAACAGCAGUGGGCAACUCAGGUUUUUCCAUCCUGGGUGAUCUGAAAACUGUCAGCUUGGCUCCCAGUACACAUUUAAAAUUCCAAUGGUAUAAAUGAGAAAGAGGGUGGGAGGUUUAUCUUGUCAUUUUCUUAUUUACAAAUAUAAUAGCACUUGGUAAUCUCAAAAGCAUUAUCACAUCAGUUAACCUCUCAGGGCACACAUUCAAGGUAUAAGGUGUACAGAAAACUGAAGC